CGCUAGUGUGUAUUAUUCGGUUAGAGAGGAAAUGAUGAAAUUGCCUCCAGGUUUUCGUUUCCAGCCUACAGAUGAAGAGCUUGUCUUUGAGUACCUCAAACGCAAGGUUCUUUCAUGGCCGUUGCCUGCUUCAAUCAUCCCUGUCAUCAAUCUCUGCAACUACGACCCUUGGGAUCUGCCUGGUGAUAAAGAGCAAGAGAGGUACUUCUUCAGCCACAGGGAAGCCAAGUAUCGAAAUGGAAACAGAAUCAACAGAGCAACUGCUUCUGGGUACUGGAAGGCAACUGGCUUAGACAGACAAAUUGGUCCUUCACACAAGAACACUGCACUGGGGAUGAAAAAGACUCUGGUUUUCUAUAGAGGCAAGGCUCCCCAUGCGUCAAGAACUGAUUGGAUCAUGCAUGAAUAUCGUCUUGUUAGUGUAGGAGAUGUAGCUUCCAAUAGUUUUCCACAGACAAAGAACUCAGCCCAGAAUUCUUGUGAUGAAAUUGAGAAGUGGGUUCUAUGUCGAAUAUAUUUGAAGAAAAGAAAUAGUGAGAUAGAUGAGAAUUGCGAGGAUGAGAGAGUGGAGAAUGCGGCCGUGACGUAUGAUCAGCGCAGAUUUUUCUAUUUUACGAGGAGAGAUGAGAUUGUUUUUGAUUCUGUUUCGUCCUCUUCGUCAUCUUCAAGCUCAAGUGGCAUCACUGAGGUCUCUUCAAAUGGAGAGGAUCUUGAUGAAGAAAGCAGUAGUAGUAGUUGCAAUUUUUUCUGACAUUCUGCAAUUGCAAACUCCGAAGAGAGCUAUAUAUAUAUAUAUCAAGCUUUUUUCAUCUUAAUUGAAUUGGUUUCUCGUGUAUGACGAAAAUGUAAAUUAUAUUAUUGAAAGCAAAAUAUAUCCACAAACAAUGGAGGUUGGAUAUUA